AGCUUGUUCAUCAUGUGCACCAUCCUGACCAACUGCUGCUUCAUGGCCAUGUCGGAGCCGGCGUACUGGGCCAAAUACCUGGAGUACACCUUCACAGGUAUCUACACCUUUGAGUCGCUCAUAAAGAUCCUGGCAAGAGGUUUCUGUGUGGGGCCCUUCACCUUCCUGAGGGACCCCUGGAACUGGCUCGACUUCAGCGUCAUCGUCAUGGCGCUGUUAACAGAGUUUAUCAAAGUAGGGAACCUGCAGGCGCUGAGAACCUUUAGAGUGCUGAGAGCCCUGAAAACUAUCUCAGUCAUCCCAGGCCUGAAGACCAUCGUCGGCGCUCUGAUCCAGUCGGUGAAGAAGCUCGCCGACGUGAUGAUCCUCACCGUCUUCUGCCUGAGCGUCUUCGCCCUCAUCGGCCUGCAGCUCUUCAUGGGAAACCUGCGGCAGAAGUGCGUCCGCAGCACGGCGCACUGCGUCAACGGCAGCCUGCCCGCCAACACCUCCUUCUACUGCAACAACAAGACCUGGGCCUCCAUGAAGGACUUCAUCAACGACGAGGACAACUUCUACAAGGUGGAGGGAGCCAAGGACGCCUUAAUCUGUGGGAACAGCAGCGACGCAGGGAAGUGCCCAGACGGGUUUGACUGCCUGAAGGCGGGAAGGAACCCCAACUAUGGCUACACCAGCUUCGACACCUUCGGCUGGGCCUUCCUGUCCUUGUUCCGCCUGAUGACUCAAGACUACUGGGAGAACCUCUACCACCAGACGCUGCGUUCGGCCGGUAAGACCUACAUGGUGUUCUUCGUGGUGGUGAUCUUCCUGGGCUCCUUCUACCUGGUCAACCUCAUCCUGGCCGUGGUCGCCAUGGCGUACGAGGAGCAGAACCAGGCCACCAUCGCGGAGGCCUGGCAGAAGGAGCGCGAGUUCCAGCAGGCCAUGGAGAGGCUCAAGAGAGAGCAACAGGUCGCCUCCCAGAAACUUCCCGACUCAGACUCGUUGAUGUCACCAGACCUCUCUCCCUUUGGCCCGGCAUUGGACAGCUUAGAGGAGCGGAGGCGGAGUCAAGCUUUGAUGGGCAUGUCGGACGUGGAGGCGAACCUAUCGGAGGAGAAGCUGCUGCAGGUGGACAUGACGGACGGCGGGAAGCCCCUCCACCCCCUCCUCGCCCGCUCCUUCUCCACGAGGACGCGGCGAAGCAGCCAGGUGUCCUCCAUCUUCAACUUCCGUCUGAGGAGCCGGGGGUCAGAGGGGGAGAUGGCUGACGACGAGUACAGCGUCCCGGGCGACGUGGUGGAGGGGGUCGGGGGCCGGACCUACAGCGGCGGGACCUUCAGCGGCAUCCUGCCCCACCCGUGGCCCAAACGCCGGCCGAGCACCUACAGCACGGCGAGCAGGGGCUCACAGGUGUUUUAUCCAACUCUAAACGUCAACGGGAAGCUGUUUGUUGCCAUGGACCAGAACGGGGUUUCACCACCACCACUGCAGGGGCAGCUGCCUGCCUGCACCAUGGAGAAGGUCAAGGAGGAGAGUGUCCCCACGUCCACCACAGAGCUCAGUACCAUGCUGUUACCUCGGCCCUCGUCCACGCAGGACUCGGAGCGGAGGGGGAGGGCGCUCAGCGCCGCCAGCUACCUCACGGACGCCAUGGAAGAACUGGAGGAGUCCAAUAAGAAAUGCCACCCCUGCUGGUACGUCUUCGCCCACCGUUACCUGGUGUGGGAGUGCUGCCCCUGGUGGCUGAGGGUGAAGCAGCUGGUGAAGAUCAUGGUGAUGGACCCCUUCCUGGACCUGGCCAUCACCGUCUGCAUCGUCCUCAACACGCUCUUCAUGGCCAUGGAGCACUACCCCAUGACCGACGAGUUCAACGGCAUGCUCAGCAUCGGAAACCUGGUGUUCUCAGGGAUCUUCACAGCGGAGAUGGUUCUGAAGAUCAUCGCUCUGGAUCCGUACUACUACUUCCAGACGGGCUGGAACAUCUUCGACAGCAUCAUCGUCUGCCUCAGCCUCAUGGAGCUGGGCCUGUCCGACGUGGAGGGGCUGAGCGUGCUGCGCUCCUUCAGACUGCUGCGUGUUUUCAAGCUCGCUCGCUCAUGGCCGACUCUCAACACCUUGAUCAAGAUCAUCGGGAACUCCAUGGGCGCUCUGGGAAACCUGACGCUCGUCCUCGCCAUCAUCGUCUUCAUCUUCGCCGUGGUGGGCAUGCAGCUGUUUGGAAAGAACUACCAGGACUGUGUGUGUAAGAUCUCGAAGGACUGCGCUCUUCCUCGCUGGCACAUGAAGGACUUCUUCCACUCCUUCCUCAUCGUGUUCAGGGUUCUGUGCGGCGAGUGGAUCGAGACCAUGUGGGACUGCAUGGAGGUCGCGGGUCAGCCGCUCUGCAUUCUCGUCUUCAUGCUGGUCAUGGUCAUCGGAAACCUGGUGCUGUUGAACCUCUUCCUGGCUCUGCUCCUCAGCAGUUUCAGCUCUGACAACCUGUCGGCUCCAGACGACGACGGCGAGAUGAACAACCUGCACAUCGCCAUCCACAGGAUCACCAGAGGCCUGGCCUGGUGCCGCAGACAGGUGAUGGAUUUCUUCAACGGGAACCUGAAGCGUCGACGUCAGAAGCGAAAAGAGGCCAAAGCCAUGAUGAAGCUGAAACGUCUGAGUACCAUCCACACUGAGGUCAAUGGAGCUGUCAUAGGUCGACAUGUGGAGAAGUACGUGGUGCCGGAGGAGGACAGCUACAUGACGAACCCCAACCUGACCAUCAGCGUCCCCAUCGCCCCCGGAGAGUCGGACGUGGAGUUCCCAGAGGAGGAGGACGAGGAGGAGGAGGAGGGGGAGGAGGAGCAGAGCGAGGGCUCAGAGGAAGAGGAGGAGCAGGAGGAGGUAGGGGAGCAGAAAGACGAUAUCAGCCUAUCAGAGGGCAGCACGGUGGACCUGAGGAAGCCCGGAGAGGAAGAGGAUGAGUAUUCAGAGAUGGCCGAAGAGGCCAUGGACCCUGACAACUGCUUCCCAGACAUGUGUGUGUCCAGGUUUCACUGCUGUGACAUCGACACGACGGCAGGACUCGGUCAGAUCUGGUGGAGGAUGAGGAAGACGUGUUAUCAGAUCGUAGAGCACAGCUGGUUCGAGUCCUUCAUCAUCUUCAUGAUCCUCCUCAGCUCCGGAGCGCUGGCCUUUGAGGACAUCUACAUCGAGCAGAGGAAGGUUGUCAAGGUGAUCCUGGAGUACGCAGACAAGAUCUUCACCUACAUCUUCAUCCUGGAGAUGAUGCUCAAGUGGCUCGCCUACGGCUUCAAGAAGUACUUCACCAACUACUGGUGCUGGCUGGACUUCCUCAUCGUCGAUAUCUCAGUGUUGGGUCAGCUGGCUCAGUUCAUCUCUGUGGACCAGAUCACCGCCAUGCGGGUGCUCAGGACAUUCAGGGCUCUCCGUCCGCUCCGGGCGGCGUCCCGCUUCGCUGGUAUCAGGGUCUCAUUGGUCAGUUUGGUGGCCAACACGUUGGGUUAUUCAGACUUCGCAGCCAUCAAAUCCCUGCGGACGCUGCGGGCCCUGCGGCCCCUCAGGGCCCUGUCCAGAUUUGAAGGCAUGAGGGUGGUGGUCAACGCUCUGAUCGGGGCGAUUCCCUCCAUCAUGAACGUGCUGCUGGUCUGUCUCAUCUUCUGGCUCAUCUUCAGCAUCAUGGGCGUGAACCUGUUCGCCGGGAAGUUCGGCCGCUGCAUCAACCGCACGGGUCACAUCUACGAGGCCUCCUUCAUCAACAACAAGUCCGAGUGCGAGGCGCUCAACGACACCUCGCUCUUCUACUGGACCAAAGUCAAGGUCAACUUCGACAACGUGGGGGCCGGAUACCUGGCUCUGCUGCAAGUGGCGACAUUUAAAGGCUGGAUGGAGAUCAUGUACGCAGCCGUGGACUCCAGAGCUGUUGAGGAGCAGCCGAUCAAGGAGAUCAAUCUAUACAUGUACCUCUACUUUGUCAUCUUCAUCAUUUUCGGCUCCUUCUUCACCCUCAACCUCUUCAUCGGCGUCAUCAUCGACAACUUCAACCAGCAGAAGAGAAAGUUAGGAGGACAGGACAUCUUCAUGACGGAGGAACAGAAGAAAUACUACAACGCCAUGAAGAAACUGGGCUCCAAGAAACCUCAGAAGCCCAUCCCCCGACCUCUGAACACGGUGCAGGGCUUCUUCUUCGACCUGGUCGGGAAACAGGCGUUCGACAUCAUCAUCAUGGUGCUGAUCCUCUUCAACAUGAUCACCAUGAUGGUGGAGACGGACGAGCAGUCGCCUCAGAUGGAGUACAUCCUGAACAACGUCAACCUGGCCUUCAUCAUCGUCUUCACCGCCGAGUGCCUCAUCAAGAUCGUGGCGCUGCGGUGCUACUUCUUCACCGUCGGCUGGAACAUCUUCGACUUCGUGGUCGUCAUCCUCUCCAUCGUCGGUAUCGUGCUUGCCGACAUCAUCGAGAAGUACUUUGUGUCGCCGACCCUCUUCCGAGUGAUCCGAUUGGCUCGUAUUGGACGUAUUCUGCGUCUCAUCAGAGGUGCCAAGGGCAUCCGGACGUUACUGUUCGCCCUCAUGAUGUCCCUUCCUGCUCUCUUCAACAUCGGGCUCCUCCUCUUCCUGGUCAUGUUCAUCUACGCCAUCUUCGGCAUGGCGAACUUCGCCUACGUGAAGCGGCAGGCGGGGAUCGACGACAUGUUUAACUUUGAGACGUUUGGGAACAGCAUGAUCUGCUUGUUCCAGAUCACCACCUCCGCCGGGUGGGACAGUCUGCUCAGCCCCAUCCUCAACAACUCCCCCGAGGAGUGCAAUCCCAACAUCCCCCACACCGGCACCACGGUCAAGGGGAACUGCGGGAACCCGUCGGUGGGCAUCACCUUCUUCGUCACUUACAUCAUCAUCUCCUUCCUCAUCGUGGUGAACAUGUACAUCGCCAUCAUCCUGGAGAACUUCAGCGUGGCCACGGAGGAGAGCACCGAGCCGCUGAGCGAGGACGACUUCGAGAUGUUCUACGAGGUUUGGGAGAAGUUCGACCCGGAGGCCACGCAGUUCAUCGAGUACGCCAAGCUGUCCGACUUUGCCGACUCGCUGUCGGAGCCGCUGCGCAUCGCCAAGCCAAACAAGAUCAAGCUGAUCUCCAUGGACUUGCCCAUGGUCAGCGGGGACAAGAUCCACUGCCUGGACAUCCUCUUUGCCUUCACCAAGCGAGUCCUGGGCGAGUCGGGCGAGAUGGACGCCCUGAAGCAGCAGAUGGAGGAGAAGUUCAUGAUGGCCAACCCGUCCAAGAUCUCCUAUGAGCCGAUCACGACAACCCUGAGGCGCAAACAGGAAGAGGUGUCCGCCACGGUGAUCCAGAGGUGCUACCGCAGACACUUGGUGAGGCGGCAGAUGAAGGCCGCCUCCUACAUGUAUCGCCAGAUCACCACGCCUCGACAUGCAGGGGAAGACGGCGAGGAAGGUGGUGAGGCGAUGUUCAGGGAAGAAGCACCUGAGAAAGAAGGACUGAUCGCCGCCAUGAUGAGGGAAAACUACGGCUCAAGUUUGUUAGGGAUAGAGCGCUCCGAGACAAUUUCCUCCACCUCGUCUCCACCGUCUUACGACAGCGUGACGCGAGCCACCUCCGAAAUCUUUCACCCGCUCGCUGUAAACACAGAAACGGUCGUCGUUGACACUGCGGGCAGCGAACAAUCGCCAUCAGCGGUCGACCCCGACAGACAAAAGGAAACGGUACCAUAGCGGGAACCGAAAAAGCAAAAAAUUUAACAAAUGAGGAUUUUUCUCGUUUUGGGUUAAGCCUGUUUGUUCUUUUGUUUACUGAAUGUACCAUAGCUGAGGAGGCACCAGGCGGAAGCUAUGAGCGAGAAACUGCAGGAGCCGUCGAGUGAAAGAGCAAACAAAGUGGAAUAUUUACUACCUUUAAUGCUAUUUCCUGUUCCCUGUGGAGAUUCCUGGACUCAAGUUUCUUAAAGGGAAGCAGAAAAACUGCGGAGACAGAGAGGGAAACCCCGUCUGUCGAGUCGACUCUGCCUUUGUUGGAGUAAAAAGACAGAAGCGUAGAGAAUCCCAUCCACUAAAGCCGAGAGUUCGGGACACUGACUGACCUUUGACCUCAGCUACGGGGGCUCACAGGGGUCAGAACAAUUAUAUCACAGAUGUAUCCAUCAUUUAUUGGCCUGGGGGGGUUUGUGCCUUCCCACAGAUGAUCAAUAUUCUCAGAGUACGCCCUGCUGUAAGAGUGAUGGUAUUCCCGGCGGUGUUUGUCGGCGCGUUAGCGGUCGACGACUUCCUGACUGACUGAGACCCGAGAGAGGAGGGAAAAUAAUGACAACGUGAUUUAAAAAAAAAAAAAAAAAAAAAAAAAAGUUUUUUCGUAGUAAAAGUAUAACUUUGUUGAUGUUACCAGUCUUUUAAUAGCGGUACGAUUAUUACUAUUUUUUAUAUUUUUUAGAGUAAGUUGAAGAAAAAAACAUUAGCAGUCUCUCUCUUUGGACUCGGCGCCGGCUGUGAAAGACGAGGCUCAACUACCACGUUGUAAUAGAUGAGAGGAGAGAGUGCAAAAAGAUUAUCUCAAAAAACCCUGAAAAGCAACUUCAUCUGUUUUUGUUGGCAGUUUUUGCACUUUUGAGUUUACAUGUGCCGACACUUCGCCGCGCCGGGGCGAAGCCAAGCGGCCGAAGGAGCCUGGGACGUAUUUAUUUAUUUUGAGAUAACACCAAAAAAAAAAAAAAACUGAUACAAGUGCACAAUGAGAUUUUUUCUACAUGGUCCCAGACUCUUCCAGCUCGUGGUUUGUCCUGGUGCUGAACAUCCCUCAUGUCCAUCAGCUCUUUGGCCGGUGGGUGAUUUGUCUCAAAGUCCAGAUUUAAAGUGAUUUUUCCAGCUUCCGUUUGCGUCUCGAACAAACUCGACCAGAGGACUCGUCGGUCACUGGCUGAUAGAGGUUUGAUAUCGUUCGAUUUGGCAAGAAUUCAGGUGAGUUGAAUCUGACGAGAAAGAAAUUUAUCAAGUGAAUUUAUUCUUAUUCUCUUUGAUCAAAAUGUAAACUGAAAUAAUUUUGCUGCAUCAAAUAAUUUAUUCAUUUAACUUUCAUAUCAUAAUAUUAAUCGACGGCCUUAACAUUCAGGUUUUAUAAAUAUUGUUUAGUGCAGUUGGCAAAGAUGCGAAUAAUAUAAACUCGUGCAACAAACCACAAACUGAACAAAGAAAUAUAUUCAUGCAGAACUCUCGUGUGCUCCUGUAGGAAUCAGGCUUUUGUAAUGUUUGUUUUUCCUCUAUCAGGGGAUUUAAUGUCACUGUAUGAACGGUACGACGUUGGCAACUUUUUCUGACAAAUCACCCACUGUCAUUAACUCUCCGUCUGGUCCGAGUUCGGCUCGGCACACGCACAAGAUCCUUAAAACAGAUUCUUCUUCCGGGUCUCUGCGGCGUCGGCCGGCUCCGACCAGAGAGCGACAAUCAACUCAGCACAUCAGCAUCAGGAUUUCAGCCCAUUUAGUGUCAUGAAAAGCUCCCGCUGAUCUUCAUGGUUUGGCAUUCGAUUGAUCGACAGUGUCCUGGAAAAACCUCGUCAACAGCUGAUUGUCAGAGUAGAGACAACAGGUCAAGCUGCAUCUUUUUCUUUCUGUCAACAAACCAUGAAAAGACCAACACCAACAACAAGACCAGCUGUUCCUACUGAAGACGUAAAGCUAAACAAAAUGUGGACUCAGUGAUUCUCUAAAACAGGAAGUGGUGCAUUUGUUGGGGACUAUUUUCAGCGGAGGAUUAAUGAGUGGCAGCAGGACGGUGUGCAUGGGAUUGAAUCAAAGUAAACUACAGUGACUUUCACUGAUGUGUUUUUAAUAUUUUCUGGAAACAGUGGAGGAACAGAGGACUGAGAUCAGGAGACAUUCAGAGCUGGUUUUGGUCUUUUCAUGAGAUUUUCUGACAAUAAGAAAAAUACUGAAAAUCACCAGAGUGAUCCUUUAAAUGUUAAGACCGAAGACUCCAUCAAGAAAAUAUCUGUAAAGUCAGCGCUAGAUAAAUAUUAAGACACUGACGCUCCUGACAACAGAGUUAAUGUGAGUUUUAACCUGAAGUCAUUUAAAACGGCUGCAGUUGAGCAGGUUUUUCCAGAACACUGAUGAGACGACGCUAAAAGCUUUUCUGCUUCCUGAUUCUGCUCAAUGAUCUGAAGAGUUUCUUUUUUAAACAGGAGAAAAUAAAUUGACGAAUAAUUCUGAUUGGCUGAUUUAUAUUUGGAGACUCAUUUCUAGUUUAGCUCAAUUAAAAAUUAAUGUCACGAAGUCCGCAGAGGGCUUUUAAUUUGAAGCUGUGGAUACAGGAAGUGGAGUAACGUAACGGAUGAAAAAAGAUUCCACAACAAAUUCUUUUUUGUCAUAAAGUAAUUUUCCCUAAAAUGAUCUGAAUUUGAAAGGAAACUCUUCAAAUCAAAACACAGCUUUAUUUAUUUAUUUAUUUAUUUAUUAACUUUGUUUUCUGGUUGAUUGCUUUAUUUUAUCUAAGAUAUUUUUUAAAUUUUUGCACGUUUUAGCUGCGCCCUGGAGGAGGAGCGGAGGCCGAGCGAGGCGGCUCUUUAUCUAUUUUGCACAGAGAAACAAAAAAAACAAACCGCGUCUAGCAAUAACGGUUUGCCGAUACCUUUUAAGUGAAUUCUUAGGUAACGCUCGACUUCGCAGGAGCUUUUUUUCUCGCUGUGUGAAUCUGUGGAUUUCAAAAAAAUAAAUGCACAAUAACACUGGGAGCGUUCGGUGGAUGAUCUGACAGUGUUGCUGUGGAUUUACAGACGUGCAGGUGAACACGGCGGCGUGAAGCUGCUGCGACGCGGCGUCACCGCUUGUUUUUAUUCAGAUGAAGUGUCAAAGUGUGUGUGUACAGCGUUUGUUCAGUCUGCUUCGAUAUCAAUAUUUCGAACAACCUCUCUCUCUCCGUCUCUGUUGUCGUGGUCACCCGAGGGAUCUUUACUAAACGCUUUACUAGACUAAUUUAAAAAUGGAAAAAGGAAAAAAGAAAAAAAAAAAAAGUUUUACUGGCACCGUCUGGACUCUAUUUCUACUAGAUUCUAUUGAGAAUAGAUAACCAUAUAAACUAGGUAAAUACUUAAGACACUGCUGAACUCUGCUGCGAGGCGUAUUUCAGGAUGCAGUUGUGCUGAAGGGCUGUUUUCAGUAGCAAUAGACCCAGAGUGUGCCUGCUACACAUGAACCCAACACUCCAAGCCAUGCUUUCCCAUUGAUUGACUGAUUGAUUGGUUGAUUGAUUGACGGACUGGUUGAUUAUUUGGUUGGUUGAUUGAUUGAUGAAAUGAUUCUUAUGCUUUUUGAUAAUGAACGAGGUUCAAGGUGUCGCCCCCCCCCGUCCCCCGCCUCCGUCACCGCGGUGACUCUUCCUCAUCAGUCGUAGAACGAGCGGUGCAGAGAGCUGAUUGGCCGACGACACUUUAGUCACAAAGGUUCAGAUUCAUUAAAGUCUCAUCACUGAAAUGACUCGAGGAGAAAUCCAGGCUGGAAAUGUGAAAACACUGGUGCAGAUCAGCUGCCGGCAAACUUCAACACUCUUUGAACUUUGUUUUGUUUUCUGCGUUAAUUCAAGUUUCUAUAGUUUCUAUAAAACAUCUUUGACACGGAACAAAAUGUGUCUACAGCACCGAAUAUCAAAAAUCUGUCGACUACCAAAAUAUAAUAUAAUAAUAUAAUAUUUUAGUUUUAUUUAUGGCUGCCGGUGUUCAGACGACAGGUCGACACAUAUAAAGGCUCUGAGAAGUUUUUGCAGCAGCUGAACUGGAGACAAAAUGCAGAGAAUUUUCUCACAGAGCGACUUUAGUGAAUCUGAACCUCCAGUUUGCACUGAGCGCAAAAACUAAUCGUACAUCUUCUGUGUGUGUGAAGCCAAAACACCGAAACAAUCGCAGCAGCAAAAAGAAAAAGCUGCGACCUCAACCCCGACCCUGAACUUCGCUCUGUGCUCACUGAGAAACCUGGAUACCUUCACAACAACCUCCGACGUGUCUGAGCAGGAAAGGAAACCUUGAGAUGCAAAAGACGGAGAAAAUAAAAUUGUUUGUCACUUCCUUUCCUGUUCUAAUAUGACAAACCUUCAGAAUAAGAGCAGAAACGAACUCUUACUUUGGAGGGAAACUACCAUCUUUGCUCCGAGCUGUGGGUCAGUCCGUGUGGUGCUACCGAGGGGGUUGGAAGAGUCCAAAUUAAGGUCGGAGGGGGGGUGUUCAAACAUGAACUCUGAGACUGAGAAAUCUCUGCUCCUUUUGCCGCCUUUU